AUUUAAGUUAUAUUAAGUAGUGGUUAGAUUCGUUAGUGUUUUAUGUAAAUAUUGUGUGUGUUAGCAUUACAGUGUCGCUUAAACAGGGUGAUAAUCUGUAUGCUGAGCUAACUGUUAGCUAGCUAGCCUCAUUUGUUUACAUGUGUAGAUUCAUCUUUCAUUCAUGAAACACCUCCAUCUUUCUGUCGUUUUUACACGUUUUUCUGUUACUGAAGUGGUUGAAGACCAAUGCUGAAUCACAUAUAUUUUAAAAUGACAGCAGUUAAAUAGUUUUAGGGAUGGGGCUCUUUGGUCCUGCGGAGCUGGUCUCAGGUCUGUGUCGUACAGACGAGCAGAACCCCUUCCCCGUGUUUCAGGAUGGAAACAUCAGCCCCUGCUUCAACCAACUGGUCCUGGGAGCGCUGCCUCAUGCAGGGAUGGCCAUUUUCAGCGCCUGCUACCUCAGCAUGCAGAGACACGCCCCCCCCCAGACGCCCGCUCCCUGCAGCUGGACCCUCCGGUGUUUCUCUGCUCUUCUGGUGGCGCUGCUCUUCUCUUCAGAUUUGCUCCUGGUGGUCCUCCUGCAGCGGGACCUCCUCCUCCUGGACCUCCUCUCUGACGGCUGCUCCAUCCUGGCCUGGCUGGUCCACUUCAGUGCCCUCAUGGUGCUCCAGAGGACCUCUUUCAGGAGAACCAGAGGACCUCCACUGCUGCUCCUGCUGGUCCUUCUCUCCAUCCCAAACCUGGUCGUCACCUUGAUCAAUUCCUGUGACAAUCGGGAGUAUCUAAACCUCUCGGAGCCGCUUGUAUUUGCACGUUUUGUUCUCGUUUCCGCCCGGACGCUGCCUCUUCUGGUUUAUCUUUUAGCGUUUGCUUUCCCCUGCAUCAGUGAGGCUGGAUACUCUUUGAAUAUCAACGCUGACGAUGGAUCCCCUCUCAUCACGGAGGAUAACGAGCAGGAUACGGGUGACAUGGUGGCGGAGGAUGGGAGCGGCUGUGUUUCCUGGCUCUUCUUCCUCUGGUUGAACCCUCUCUUCAGACGGGGGGAACGAGGGGAUCUGUGCAACCCAGCAGAUGUUUAUCACCUCCCCAGGAAGCUUCGAACUGCUGUGGUUUGUCGAAACUUCCACCAGUGCUGGGAGUCCUGCAGACGCGGAGCAGAGGUUGGUGACGGAGAGGAGCAGUGGCCCCCGCCGCUCAGCAGGAACCUGCUCAACGGCACCUGGAGCUCAAACUACCAGGACGAGCCCUUGGAGCUGCAGGGAGACGUCCGCCUGCUGAAGGUUCUUCACAAAGCCUUCGGGCUGCGUUUCUACCUGCUGGGCGUCCUGAAGUUCGUGGUCAACAUGCUGAGUUUCACCGGCCCGCUGCUCCUCGGCAGCCUCGUGAACUUCAUGGAGGACGAGGAGGCUCCCAUCAGUUUGGGGGUCUGGUGCUCUGUGGGACUCUUCAUCACCACGCUCCUCACCUCCUUCCUCAGAAACAUCUUCGUCUUCGAGGUGUCUAAGGUGUCUCUUUCGGCCCGCGCUGCUCUCAUGUCGGCGGUUUACGGUAAAUCUCUUCGGAUCAGAGGCAGCAGUUUGGCCGGAGCCACGCUGGGGGAAGUGGUGAAUCUGAUGAGCACCGACACCGGACGCGUGGUCAACUUCUUCUUCAGUUUCCACGAGUUGUGGAGCCUCCCCUUCAGGCUGAUCAUCACCUUGUACCUGCUGUACCUCCAGGUGGGGGUGGCGUUCCUCGGGGGGCUCAGCGUGGUUCUGAUGCUCGUGCCUUUCAACAAGUUCCUCGCCUCAAGAAUCCUCAGAAACAACCAACACAUGCUCCGACACAAGGACACGCGCGUGAAGUUAAUGACGGAGGUCCUCUUCGGCAUUCGGGUCAUCAAGUUCUACAACUGGGAGCCUCAUUUCACGCAGAAGAUCAACGCCUGCCGUGAAGAGGAGCUGUCGCACCUGAAGGCUCUGAAGUACCUGGACGCCAUGUGUGUUUACACCUGGGCGGCUCUACCUGUGGUUAUCUCCAUCCUCACCUUCCUCACCUACACCCUGCUGGGGCACCAGCUCACUGCCGCCAAGGUGUUCACCACGCUGGCUCUGGUGGGGAUGUUGAUCAUUCCCCUCAACUCCUUCCCCUGGGUGCUGAACGGCAUCCUGGAGGCCAAGGUGUCUCUGGAGAGGAUCCAGCGCUUCUUCAAACUGACCAACCAGGACCUGCAGGCGUACUACGCUCUGGUGUCUCCUGAAGACGGUCAGACGUCCAUCCUGAUGAGCCAGGGGACUUUUUCCUGGCAGGAUCCCGACGGUCCGGACCAGAACGAAGACAGAGGAACUGAUCCUGGAGAGUCCAAAGGAAGUCUGCGUCUGCACAGCCUCUCUCUGCACAUCACCAAGGGGUCUCUGGUGGUUGUGGUGGGGAAGGUCGGCUGUGGGAAGAGUUCCUUACUGGCUGCUCUGACCGGAGAACUGAACAGGCUGAGUGGCGUGGUGUUCGUUGCAGACCGAGAGAGAGGCUUCGGUCUGGCGUCUCAGGAUCCGUGGAUCCAGCAUGCAUCGGUGCGGGACAACAUCCUGUUCGGCAGGAACUACGAUCCCAUCUUCUACCAGACUGUGAUCGAGGCCUGCGCUCUCACAGAGGACUUCAACGUUUUACCAAACGGAGACAGGACGGAGGUCGGGGAGAACGGAGUGACGCUGAGCGGAGGACAGAAAGCUCGUCUGGCCCUCGCUAGAGCCGUGUACAUGGAUAAAGACAUCUACCUCCUGGAUGAUCCGUUGGCAGCGGUUGAUACGGACGUGGCCGAACACCUGAUGAAGAAAUGCAUCAUGGAGCUCCUCAGGGGAAAGACCAGAAUCCUUUGCACUCACCGUGUAGAGUUCGUGGACAAAGCUGACCUGGUGGUGCUCAUGGACAACGGAACGAUCAUCAAGACGGGCACACCAGCAGAAAUCCUUCCUUUGGUCGAAGCAGUGCCGAAGAAACGGAAGAACGCCCAAAACAUGAAGGAGAAAGCAGAAAGUGAGGAGCAGGAGGAGGAUUCUGGUUCCUCCCCUGAUGUGGUUUUGCAGGAGGAACCGGACCUGAUGGGGGCGGAGCUGAAGCAGGAGGGGGGGCUGGCCUGGAGGGUCUACUGGUCGUACUGGAGCGCUGUGGGGGGGGCGCUGGGAGCCUCCAUCCUCCUGUCUCUGCUGCUCAUGCAGGUCUCUAAGAACGUGUCUGACUGGUGGCUCUCUCACUGGGUCUCUGAGCUGAGGAACAACGGAUCCUCAGGAACAAACGUCUCCCGCUGCUCGUCUUCCUUCAGCUCUCCUCACCUGCUGCUCUUCUCACCUGGAGGCCUCAUGUCUCCUCUCUCCUCGGUACAAACGCUCCCCUCCAGUAACAUCAGCUCUGAAGUGAGGUUUUACCUGACGGUGUACAGCUCCAUCGCAGCAGGGAACACCGUCUUCACGGCGCUCAGAGCGUUCCUCUUCGCUUACGGAGCGAUCUGCGCCGCCACCGUCAUCCACAGCCGCCUGCUGGACAGCGUGCUCAAGGCCACGGUCUCGUUCUUCGACACCACCCCGAUGGGUCGCAUCCUGAACCGUUUCUCCUCAGAUCUCUACACGGUGGACGACAGCCUGCCCUUCAUGCUGAACAUCCUGCUGGCCAACGUGUUCUCCCUGCUGGGCAUGCUGGUGGUGAUCAGCUGGGGUCUCCCCUGGGUGCUGCUGCUGCUGCUGCCCCUCGCUCUGAUCUACCACCGCACGCAGCGCUUCUACAGACACACGUCCCGAGAGCUGAAGAGACUGAGCAGCAUCACGCUGUCGCCCGUCUACUCGCACUUCUCCGAGACGCUGAGCGGCCUGGGGACCAUCCGGGCCAGCGGCAGCUCAUCCAGGUUUGAGGAGGAGGUGUCUCAUCGUCUGGAGCAGAAUCAGCGCUGUUUGUUCCUCACUGUCGCCGCCAUGCAGUGGCUGAGCAUCCGCCUGCAGCUGAUUGGUGUUGCCGUGGUUACGGGCCUCGGAGUGAUCGCCGUCGUGCAGCACCAGAACAAAUCUGUGGACCCAGGUCUGGUGGGCCUCUCCCUGUCCUACGCCCUCUCCAUCACUAACCUGCUGUGCAGUCUCAUCGACAGCUUCACUCAGACGGAGAUGCAGCUGGUGAGCGUGGAGAGGACGGAGGAAUACUGCAGCGGCCUGCCCACUGAGCCCCAGCAGCACCACUCACAGCUCCCCCCUGCCUGGCCCCAUCAGGGUGGAUUAGAGCUCCACAAUGUGGCCCUCUCCUACAGAGAGGGUCUCCCCAACGCUCUGGACGGGGUCAGCAUGGUGGUCCGACCCGGGGAGAAGCUGGGCAUCGUGGGCCGCACCGGCUCGGGGAAGUCCACUCUGUUCCUGGCUCUGUUCCGCAUGGUGGAGCUGGACCAGGGACACAUCCUAUUGGACGGCCUGGACAUCAGCACCGUGGGCCUGGAUCAACUCAGGUCCCGGCUGGCGAUCAUCCCUCAGGACCCCUUCCUGUUCAGCGGGUCGAUCAGAGAGAAUCUGGACCCGUGUGAGCGUCACUCUGAUCAUCAGCUGCUGGACGUCCUGCAGCAGUGCCACCUCAGCGCUGUGGUGCUCAGGAUGGGCGGUCUGGGUGCAGAGGUUGGAGAGAGAGGGAGGAGCUUCUCUGUGGGUCAGAGGCAGCUGCUGUGUCUCUGCAGAGCUCUGCUGACCCAGGCCAAGGUCCUGUGUAUCGAUGAAGCCACAGCCAGCGUGGAUCAGAAGACGGACAAACUGCUGCAGCAGACCAUCAGAGAGAAGUUUCGGGACAAGACCGUCCUCACUAUCGCACACAGGAUCAACACCAUCAUGGACUGCGACAGGGUGCUGGUGAUGCAUGCUGGGAAGGUUGUGGAGUUUGACACCCCGGCCGCUCUCUGCCAAUCAGACGACUCCAUCUUCCAGAGGAUGGUCGGUUAGAGAGAGUGAGACGGAUAAGAGACACUGAAAGAAGAGAAACAGCUUUAUUUGUAUAGUUUUUUACCUUGAAUAGCUUCCUGGAAACUUCCUGCUUUCUUCAGCUCCGUCCUGAUCACAAGUGUUGCUGCUUUUUACUGUUUCUGCAGAGAAAUGGGGAAUUUCCUGCUCCUUUUUGGACUUGGAAGCAAUGAGCAGUGCGUUUAUGAUCCUAUUUUCUUAUUUCCAGCUGAAAUUUAGUUUCUUUAAAGUGAUUAUUGUAAUACGUAGGUUUCUUACAAUUGAAUUGUGAGGAAUUUAAGGUCCUUUAUUAUAAUUUAUUUACAUUACCAUUGCAUUUUUUCUAAUAAAAAGUGCAUAAAAACUGAAAAUCCGAGUUGAAAUAGAUUCUUAAAAUAGUUUUUUAUCAAUAUUGUCAAAUCUCACAUAAGCAGGGUGACCAACCAAUCGACAACACAUGUAUUUAUCAUUUUAUUUUUAUUUAAUUAAUUUAAUUCUCAUCUUUUGUUUUGUAUUUUUAAUUGUUAUUAUUCGGUUUUAUGCCUUUAUUGUUAUUUGUUCUGAAUGAAAAGCAGCUGCAUUUGAUGAAUGUUAAUGAUAAAACCAUAAAGGUCAACCUUAUUAACAUUUAUCGUAAAAUCACAAACUCACACGUUUUGGACGACACUACAAUUUUUAUAAGUGUGUGUUUUUUUAAAUUUCGAAACCACACGGUCUUUUUUAUAACCAGAGGGCAUGUUGUCACAAUACAUUAUUUGUCUUCUCUGCAAAUAAUUGGCCGUCAGUCAUGGAGAAUAUUUACUCUUCCUGGAGACAGAGUUUAAAUCCUUCAGUGUGUUUGUCCUCUCAUGUAUCCGUUAUAAACAACUGUCAUUCACUUUUUACAAACCUGUGUAAACAUCGAAACAUUUAUCACCCUGACGGUUUUAUACUGUAAAAACAUGUUUAAGGGACAUGAAUAAACGUUCAAAUAAC